AUGACUAUCCAUUCUCCUCAUGCUCGGAUAUACGAGAAGCCCGUAGACCGAUUGGAUUAUUAUUAUCAAGCGAUCCAUACAACUAUCCUCAGCAAACAAAAUGCUGUCAGCGGCCUUAUUCCCGCUUCAGUGGCUAUCACGACACAUGGUGAUUACACGGAUGCAUGGGUGCGAGAUAAUGUUUACUCUAUUUAUGCCGUGUAUGGUCUGGCUCUUGCUUAUCGGCGGAUUGACAAUGAUACCGGAAGAGCAUUUGAAUUAGAGCAUUCAGUUAUCAAAUUGAUGCGAGCUUUAUUGUUUGCCAUGAUGCGACAAGCAGACAAGGUAGAAAAUUUCAAAAAGACACAAUCGCUUGAGCACUCUUUGCACGCCAAAUAUAACACCAACAAUGGUGAAACGGUGGUGGGAGAUUUUGAUUGGGGUCAUCUUCAGAUCGAUGCGACAAGUCUUUUCCUUUUGGCAUUAGCUGAUAUGACAACGAGUGGAUUGACCAUUAUCUUUACGCAAGACGAAGUUGACUUUGUCCAAAACUUGGUAUUCUACAUCGAACGUGCAUAUCGCACUCCUGAUUAUGGCAUUUGGGAGCGUGGGAACAAGUCUAACCAUGGUCAACCUGAGCUCAAUUCAUCCUCAAUUGGCAUGGCACUUGCAGCAUUACGUGCUAUCAAUGGGAUCAAUCUCUUUGGUGCUAGAGGUGGUCCAUCAUCGGUGAUCCACGUACUACCCGAUGAGUUGACACGCAACUCAACCACGCUACACAGCUUUCUUCCUCGUGAAUCCAAUUCGAAGGAGAUCGAUGGCUCGGUGUUGUCAAUCAUUGGCUUCCCUGCAUUUGCUGUAUCUGAUCAAGAUUUGAUUCGCCGAUCCAAGCAAGAAGCCAAAGAUAAGCUAGAGGGCAAAUAUGGAUGGAAGCGGUUUCUACGUGAUGGCCAUCAAACUGUGUUAGAGGAUACCACUCGCUUGCAUUAUGAUCUCAAUGAGCUCAAGAUCUUUGAAAAGAUUGAAUCCGAAUGGCCCUUGUUUUUCACUUACUUGGUUUUGGAAGGCUUGAUGACGGGCAAUUUGGAUCAAGCACGCGAGUAUAGACGCAAGUUGGAGCCUUUGGUGAUUGACUCGCUUACCAUGCAACCCGUAUCCAUGUCACCAGCAGCUCCUGUAUCACCGGGUGCUUUAUCAUUUUCAUCGGGAUCGUCAUCUUUCAUGAGCCACCAUAGUAGCAAUAACAACAAUAGCAUCCCAUUGCUUGCCGAACUCUACUAUGUCCCUGCUGAACACAUCGAUGCUGAAAAAGAAAAUCCACACUCGCAACCACGCUUGGCCAAUGAUAACGUUCCACUCGUUUGGGCUCUUUCGCUUUACUUUUUGGGAUGCUUGAUUGAAGAAGAUUUGCUAUCGCCCUCCGAAGUUGAUCCACUUGGUCGUCGCUUUAGCGCCAACAAAGUUGCACGUCAGCAUAUUGUGCAAAUUGUGUUGCUAUCUGAAGAUGCAGCAUUGCAAAGCACCUUGUCCAUGUAUGGCCUUGAAACUCAAACUCUGGAAGAGAUUACAUCCAAUAUCACUGUUCUUCAUCCACGUACCCUUGCCGAGGUAUAUGCUGGUCUUGGGCGUAAUGCGAAAAUGGGCUUGAGUGGCAGACCAAAGAGGCCCGUGGGUGUUUUGGGCACAUCACGACUCUACCGUAUCCAAGGGCAACUUUAUGCAUUUACUCCUCAUUUUAUGGACAAUGAAGAAUUCUAUCUUAAUGCAGACCCAGAUUACCUCGUAUCAGCAUUUGAGAGCGAACUCAGCUUUACAAGUGCCAAUUGGUUUUACCCUGGAAGGCCUACCAUGGUAGUAGUGUUGACACAUGCAUUAUUGGGAAGCAUGCAAAACCAGCUUCAAGACUCAGAGACAUACCCAUUGACAAUGACGCAACCGGAUCGAUCCAAAAAGAACCUUUUGAAUUUUUUUAUGAACCUACGUUGUGGCGACUGCAAUGGUGUACGUGUGCGCUUAUGUCGAUUAACUGAAUCCGUUAAUACAAGCAACAUCGAGUCACUUGACUUUUUGGUCAAUCAGCCUGAGUGGGAGAAUAUCUUGGUGAUGGCCAAUCGUACCGCACGUCGCCGUAGACGACGAUCAAUCCAUCGAAAGCUCGCCUAUGAUGAAGGUGAAACACAAGCCAAUACGCCUCGUACGCCUGGUACCAAGACACCUUCUUCAAGAAGACGUAAUACGGCAUUCCAUGGCAAGUCGCUUGCAUCUCCGCUUGAUAGGCUUAAUCAAGAAAGCUACUUUGACCAAAUCAGCACUGCACUUGCCCAACUUGAAGCUGAUGCAUAUGAACCCCGUUUCAAGCUCAAAGAUCCAGAGAAUGUACCUCUUGCUCGUAAAACAGUGGCCCAUGCGGAUUCCCCAUUGGGUGCUAACAACAAUAAUGCUCGCAUUACUGAGCUAGAUACAUCGGCAAGCAGUAGUUCUCCAAGCGUUGUAGGCAUAGCUGGUAUAUCAAGUGUAUCAGAUGACCAGCAAGAUCAGCAACAACAAGCUAUGACUGAUUCACCUUUGGCAUCCGAUAUGCUAUCACUCGUUCUUGGGGAUCCAUCACAAUUUCAACAGGCUGUUGAAUCCCUUGUUGCCUCCGUUAACUUGUAUGAUCAAAUUGACCUGCUUCAAUACCUUGUAUCAUGCAAGUCGCUCGAUUUUUAUGUCAAUGAAUUGGAAGCCACCAUUAAUGAGCUUUUGGAAGAGGUGUAUCUUAAAUCAAUGCGUCUACAGUAUUGGUCAAUUGCACGCCAAGCUGCUGGUUUAUUACGUAAACUAGUGCCAUCAUUGACAAUCAACAUCACCGAUCUCGUGAUUCGGCAGAAGCAAGUUAGCAUUGGAUCAGGGCCACAAGAAUACCUUUUAUCGAUGCCUACAGGACCUGAUGCCUUAAGGAAGAUGAUUUCAGAGCACUGCAACGACGAUGUACGUGAAGGGCCUGUAGUUCAAGAGAUCAUUUUGUAUUUGGGAAGUUUCAUUCGUACCGCGCCUCAUAUUUUUGAUGGCAUCCUUCGACUACGAACCCAUUACAUCAUCAUUGCAUUACGUGAAGAGAUCAGCCGCAUCAAUGGAUGUGACGAGGAAGAGGCAGUGGAGCAUUUGAUGCAAUUAUCACCCUUUGAGAUCAAGUCGCUAUUAGGCACCAUCUUGUCGGGUCCAAGUCUUUGUGAUGCUACUACAAGUGAUAUUGUGGUACGCGACAAGCCUGGUGGAUUUAUGAUGCUUUCACUUCCACCCGCUGUACCUAGCAUGACUUCCAUUAGCAACAUGACUAGCAACAGUACCACAGUAAUCGAAUCCGCUGACAAGGACAUCUUUAUCCGCGUCCAAUCGGCUGGAUAUGCAUCGGGCAACUUUGCACGUGUCGAGAUCAAUGGCAACUCUAUGCAUGCAACAUCACGUGGUGUUCAUGUAUGGGCUAUUACGCGUGAUGGCGUUCACAGCGGUGGGAAUGAGAGCAAUGGAAACAAAUUGCUGUUGGAGCGUGCAUCAUUCGAUACCCAUAUUUCGAUCGAAGAGAGUCGAAGUUUCAAACGUUUUAUUGAUUGGUUGGCCGCUGGUACUAUCGUGGUGAUUGCUGUCAAGGAUGAUUUCAUCGAACAUUUGGAUCAAGGUGGCAUUGAUGCUCUCAAAAGUCUUGGUAGUACCAAGAUCCAACAAGUUGGUUAUCGUGAUUCUUACGUGCUGAUCUCUGAGAAAGGUGCACCCAAGGAAAAUGCAAUUGAGGUCCACAAACCCCAUAACAUGGGUCCGACACAUGUCGUUGAACGACACAUUGAUCUACAGCUAAGCAAGUCUAAUGAUAUCCAUGUUGCACCGACCUCGUUGGGUGGCAACCCUGAAACCAUGACAACCGAUUUCCCAAAAAGCAACGGGCGCUGGUUGCGUCGUAGAAAGAAUGAUGGCGCUCUUAAUCGUGUACCACCCAACUUCUUCCCUCGUGUAUGGCAGAUCCUUGAUAGUAGCAAAGGUUUGCGCAUUCGCAAGCAUGUCCUUCCGCGUGAUCCAACAGUCCUUGAAAAGACGGCUGAAGAAUUCAACUUUGCCCUUGCUGUGGAAGGUUUUCUUGGAUGGUUCAUCGACCCUGCAGAACGUCAAAUUGCUGUGGAGACGUUGAUGAUCAUUUAUCGCUUCAAGGAACGUAAUCCCGAGAUGCGGAUAUUGGAUGACAUGAUUGAUAUCUCUGCCAUUAUGGAUACUGCCAUUCAAUACUUUUGGAAAAAGUGGGCCAAAGAUGGAUAUGCAUACGAGGCGAACAAGGAUUUGGCACAUACUUUGUUUUAUGAUUUGCCACAACAAGGAUCAUCUGAAAGCACCUCAUCUUAUCUCGCCAAAGCUGCUGUCAAGGUGUUGCCACUUGAGUUUAAUUAUCAAGAAGAAGAAGCUUAA